CACUGGCGAGGAUGUUGACCUCGAACAUCUUCCAGACAUGUCUCCGGACACGGCCACACACUCGCUACUCCUCUGUUCUCCCCGCUCGUCUCUGGUCUUUGCGUAGGAACGCCGCCACCGCUGCUGCUGUCAAACCCGCAGAGGCCCCGGAGGAGCUUGUCAAGGAGUACCCGGUCUACGAGCUCUCGGAGGAGGACAAACGGCGGCUCAAGUUCCAGCGGAACAUCGGUGUCUCGGCGCAUAUCGACUCUGGCAAGACGACGCUGACGGAACGGAUAUUGUAUUACACUGGUCGUAUUCGGGACAUCCAUGAGGUCCGUGGACGUGACAAUGUCGGUGCCAAGAUGGAUAGUAUGGAACUCGAGCGGGAGAAGGGCAUCACUAUCCAGAGCGCGGCGACGUUUUGCGAUUGGGUUGCCACUAAACCGACAUCUGGCGACAAGGAAAAGUACGCUAUCAACAUUAUUGACACACCAGGUCACGUCGAUUUUACUAUCGAAGUAGAGCGGGCUCUCCGUGUCCUGGACGGUGCUAUCCUCGUUCUUUGUGCCGUAGCAGGUGUGCAAAGUCAGACUACUACGGUCGAUCGGCAAAUGCGGCGGUACAGCGUUCCCCGGAUAUCGUUCAUCAACAAGAUGGACCGACCCGGGGCCAACCCAUGGCGCGUCAUCAACCAAAUCCGGCAGAAACUCAAAAUCAGUGCCGCAGCGGUACAGGUUCCCAUCGGCGUUGAGGAUGGCUUGCGCGGUGUAGUCGAUCUCGUGCGCUGGAAGGCUAUCUACAAUCAGGGCGAGAAGGGCAUCAAGGUCGUCGAGUCGGACGACAUCCCGGCUGAGGUUCUGGACUUUGCCAAGGAGAAACGCCGCGAACUCAUCGAACAGCUCGCGGAAGUCGACGAGGAAAUGGGCGAACUCUUGAUCAUGGACGAGGACCCCACCACCCAGCAGCUCGCCGACGCCAUCCGCCGCGCCACCGUCAGUCUCAAGUUCUCCCCUGUCUUCCUCGGUUCCGCGAUCAAGAAUACCGCGGUCCAGCCUAUGCUGGACGGCGUCUGCUCUUACCUCCCGGAGCCCUCGGAGUCGAAGGUUGUCGCCCAUGACACGUCGCUGCCAGCAUCCGCGCCCCAGGUUGCGCUCCAACCAGCCUCCGCUGCUCCUCUCGUCGCUUUGGCGUUCAAGCUCGAGGAAGGCCGCUUUGGCCAGUUGACGUACAUGCGCGUCUACCAGGGCACCAUGCGCAAGGGCCAGUUCAUCUACCAUGCGCGCUCUGGCAAGAAGGUCAAAGUUCCCCGUCUGGUGCGCAUGCACAGUAACGAGAUGGAGGACAUUCAAGAAAUUGGCCCCGGUGAGAUCUGCGCGAUCUUCGGUAUCGACUGCGCGUCCGGCGACACCUUCACGGAUGGCUCCACAAGCUUCUCUAUGACGAACAUGUUCGUGCCAGAGCCAGUCAUCUCGCUCGCACUCAAGCCCGUCGGGGCGGAGACACCUAACUUCUCGCGUGCUCUGAACCGCUUCCAGAAGGAGGAUCCCACCUUCCGCGUCCACAUCGACAAGGAGAGCAAGGAGACCAUCAUUUCCGGUAUGGGCGAGCUGCACCUCGAGAUUUACGUCGAGCGCAUGAAGCGCGAGUACAACGUCGAGUGCACGACCGGCAAGCCGCGCGUCGCGUUCCGCGAGACGAUCACGCAGCGCGCGGACUUCUUCUACACGCACAAGAAGCAGUCUGGCGGUGCUGGCCAGUAUGCGCGUGUCAUCGGCUUCGUCGAGCCGAUGGCUAUGGACGAGGAGACGGGCAAGGACACCGAGUUCGUUAACCAGGUCAUGGGUGGCAACAUCCCCUCGAACUACAUACCUGCCUGCGAGAAGGGUUUCUUCGAGGCGCUAGAGAAGGGCUCGCUCUCGGGCAAUGCCGUCUGCGGCGCACGUCUCGUGCUCAACGACGGUCUCGCCCACUCGGUCGACUCGUCCGAGCUGGCCUUCAGGCUCGCGGUCAUCGGCGCGUUCCGUGAGAUCUACAACGCUGCGCGGCCGAUCAUCCUCGAGCCGAUCAUGACCGUCGAGGUCGUCGCGCCCUCCGAGUUCCAGAGUGCUGUCAUCGGUGGUAUUAACCAGCGUCGCGGCACGAUCAUGGAUAGCGAGGUCCGCGAGGAUGAGUUCACGUGCGUUGCGGAGGUCGCCUUGAACGACAUGUUUGGGUACUCGAACCACCUCCGCGGUAUCACCCAGGGCAAGGGCGAGUUCAGCAUGGAGUACAAGACCCACCAGCCGGUCAUGCCGCAGGUCCAGGCCGAGCUCGAGACGGCGUACAAGAAGACGCUCGGCCAGCCCAAAAAGUAAACGGAGCAACCCUCUGCUACAUGCGUGCACGUCCGUUCUUAUAGACGACUUGCAUACGCUGCGCGCGUAUGCUCCCAUCUGCCCCCAUUAUCCCCGCUCCGCCCUCGCAUACAUAUUACGCUCUCGCACAACCUUACGGAUCUCGUAUAAUCACGCAUAGACUCUUGGGUACAUCCGACGCCAUAACAAU